CAAUUUCGAAACACAAAAGCUCACAAGCUCACAAGACUGCAUUCAAUAAACUCUAGCUAGCUAGAAACAAGUAAGCUAGAAACCACCAUGAGCCACCUUAACCACCACAGCAGCAAUAAUAAUAACAACUACAAUGCUAGCAGCAGCAGCGGCAUGGUAGUCCAGUACGGAUUUCGGGAUGACGAUGAUGACUCGGAAGAUGGUCGCCCCAGUCUCUUUGGUGGAUUGCGUCAAUCAUCGUCGCGUCGCUUGAAAAAGAUUGGCAAUGUCGUGAGUGACGCCAAGAGUUUGUUAGCGGGCGCCAAAGCCGCUUCGGCGGGCCAUUUUGGAUUGGUGUAUGGACUGGACAACAAGUAUAGCGAUAGUGAUAGUGAAAGCGAGGAAAGCGAGUCGGACAGCGAUGACAACGCCAGCGUGUGCAGCAAGGCCAGCGUGGCAUCGAAAGCCGGCAAGACUUUGAAGAUAUUGGGCGGCAAAGUCAAAAAGGGCGUCAAGAAAGUGCGCGGCAAACGCCGUGGGAGUGACAAAGUCAAAGAGUACGAACCAGAGCAAGCACCACCACCACCACCCAUGGGACAUAUUCACACCAACAGUGAUCACGAAGAUGACGAGGAUGAUGAUCUCAGUGACGAUGAUGAUGGCGACGCGUCUGUAGCAUCCCGUGCUUCUGACGCAGUCCGUCGUGUCAAGGGGAAACUGAGCAAGGCACUCAAGGUCGUCAAUCGCAAGAAUAAAAAGUACAACAACGAGUUUGACGACGACGAUUCGAGCUUGUCAUCCGAAGAAGAAGAUUUGCUCUUUGACGCAGUGCCCACCGUACCUACCAGUCGCCGCAGUUUGGGACUUCGUCGUUGCCACACGUCAUCGUCCCACGAAAAACGAUCUGCGGGACCUCUAGACGUUCACCCGACCAAGCAAGCGCCUCGUCGUCACACAUCCGAUCCCAUGGGCUUGCAAGUCCUGCGACGCAAAAGCAAGCAACCACUCCAAGAUGAUUCGGACAGUCUCUCCGACCUCAGUGAUCACAAUGACGACGCUCGUCGUCGCGGUGGCAAAAAGAAGAGCUCCACCAGCAAGAACAAGAACAACACCACUGCUUCGUCGUCGUCGUUCCAUAAUACCAACUGGUCCAUGAAUGUCACACCCGAAAUGAAGAAAAAGUGGGAAAUGAAUGUCUCACGAAAUCUUCUCGUGGUGGAAGCAGACCAUGGACACGGCGCCACUCGGGCGGCCUAAACCAUUCUCUGUGACUUACUGACUGACUGACUGACUGACUUGAUCUAGCAGUUUGGGAAAGUAGAAGCAAACAAAACUAAAUGAAACAAUAGGAACCUUGCAUUAUCACUAUAACAUUGUUACCUGGACCAC